AUGUCCGGUCUAGCACACAUCCGCCCAACACGGAGCACCCCACUCCUCCGUCUAGGCAACCAAAGCCUACGACCACACCACGCCAUCCGGCCCUCGACUCAACGAUUGCAGCUGGCACCUCGCACCCUCCACAGCCUAACAAGCACCACUGCCAAAGUCCACACCACCACUAAAACAACCUCUAUCCCACCUAUCACCCCACAAAUAACCAUCCGAACCUACGCAGUCCUAAAAGGUUCAACCGGCAAAGCCGAAGCAGACCUCCUAAUCGAAGAAUUGCAAGAACUCUACGAAAUAGCCAAAGAUGAAUUCGAAAUUGCAACCGAGAGCACCGACACGGGAACUAUCUACGCAGCUUCAGACCGGGAGUCUGCGCGGGAUGCGCUGAACCAGUUGUCUGCUGUUGAGAAUGAGAAGGAGAAUGGGUUUGGAGCUGGAGCUGGGGAGGAUGAUGGCGAUGGGCCUAUUAUUGAGACUAAUUAUAACCCUGCCGACGUGCCGAGUGGUGUUAAGGAUGAGGUACGGAGACGGGUUGGGCAGCGGAUUCGGGAGUUGAAGAAUGCUGUUGAGUUGUUGGAGGAGAGGGCUCAUGCUGAGUAG